GAGUGACAUCUGACUUGAGCCUUCGGUGUGCUGUGGGAGAUCCGCCACCAGUUUAGGUCCGUUGACCUGCUGGUGACCUGCUGGUGAUAAAAUCUGCGUGGACCAGUGGAGGGCUCUGAGGUCGGAGACACUGUGUGACUGCUCACUCUUGAAUUCUUGCGGCCAGCAUGGGGAAACAGAACAGCAAGCUGCGCCCCGAGGUCAUGCAGGACUUGCUGGAGAGCACAGACUUUACAGAACAUGAGAUCCAGGAAUGGUACAAAGGCUUCUUGAGAGACUGCCCCAGCGGACAUUUGUCAAUGGAAGAAUUUAAGAAAAUAUACGGGAACUUUUUCCCUUACGGGGAUGCUUCCAAAUUUGCAGAGCAUGUCUUCCGUACCUUUGAUGCAAAUGGAGAUGGGACAAUAGACUUUAGAGAAUUCAUCAUUGCUCUGAGUGUAACGUCGAGGGGGAAGCUGGAGCAGAAGCUGAAAUGGGCCUUCAGCAUGUAUGACCUGGAUGGAAAUGGCUACAUCAGCAAGGCAGAGAUGCUGGAGAUUGUGCAGGCAAUCUACAAGAUGGUCUCCUCUGUAAUGAAAAUGCCUGAAGAUGAGUCAACUCCUGAGAAAAGGACAGAAAAGAUCUUCCGCCAGAUGGACACCAACAGAGAUGGAAAGCUCUCCCUGGAAGAGUUCAUCCGAGGGGCCAAAAGCGACCCGUCCAUCGUGCGCCUCCUGCAGUGCGACCCGAGCAGCGCCGGCCAGUUCUGAGCCCAGCACCCCACGAUUUGUAGAGCUGCUUGCGUUCCCUUUUUGAUUCUUCUUUUUAAGUUUUUUUUUUUUUUGCCAAAAAAUUAUCAAUGGUGAUGCUGUCCCCUGUGCAGUCAGAUGCACCUUCCUCCGUGAUGCCUUCGCCUUCUGCUUCAUUCAUCGUGGACGCUUCGUGGGAAUGCCCAGAGCCCCAGUGUGCGUGUGGAUAGCAUGAGCAGACUUCGUGGUGUUCCUUGUUUAAUGACUUUCUAAUCUUUUUUAUUAUUUUUUUUCUUCUGAUUCUAAUGUUUCUGUUUAAAACCCAAGACUGGGGCGGGGGGGCAAGAGAAGGGGAUCUGAUUAAGUCCAGUGAUUCCACUACAAGCUUCCAGGGGCUGGGUUUGAAAGACAGAGCUCUCCACCUGGGUCUGUUGUCACACGUGCCCUUGGGGCAAUGGAUGGCACCAGACGCUGGAUUCCCCAAGAACAAGUUACCCUCUGGGGUGAGGCUACUAAAGGGAGCUGGGACAUCCUCUAGGAGGCCCACUCUGCCCUCCGCCCCAGCAGGCUGUAGUUUCUAAGCUGUGAACAUUUCAAGGUCAAUUCAUAGAGAAGAAAAAAGAUGGCUCAGCUAUUUUUUUCACAGGUUUACACUGGUUGAGCUAAUGUGAGUUUCUUUGGAAAUCAAACACAGAUGGCAACAGUCCAAAACCAGACCCAUCUUGUUGCCUAUUGUGAUUUUAAAAAAGAAAGAAAAAGAAAAAAAAAGACUGCUGUAUAUAAAAUACUGGGAUUGCAAACCAAAUUAAGUGUUUUGCCUUGUAAAUGCAUGUUUAGUGAGCACUAAUACAAUCUUAUUACAGAAGACUGUUUUUAGUAGCUUAUUGUGAGUAAGCCAACUAUGAUGAAUGUCUACGUUGUCUUGUUUCAAAGUCAGAUCUGUCUUUGCACAAAUGUACCAAUCAACAAGUAUAUUUUGUAUAUUCCAUAAAAGUCCAAGGUAACCAUGACGAGGGCCCAACUUUGAUUCAGAAUGCUUUUCCAGAGUCACAGUGACUGGAGAACAGAAGCAGGGCAGGUUCGAGAGGGUCAUGUCCUGGGGACACCAGGAGGUUAAUACUUUUGAGAGGGGCCAUGCUAGUGGUUUGCUGGCUGAGCUCAGCAGCUCAUGGGCAGCAUGAGAUUGGAGGUACUGCUCUUUUCUGAGCAGAUGACUGUUUGGAGACUUGGGAACAGUAGCCUAGGUUCUUGGGACUUCCCAAUGGUUUAGCCACUAUCCUCCUUAGGGAGCCAUUAGGAAUGCUCACUUUUUUUUUUUUUUUUUU